AUGUUUGCGCGCGGGGUAAGGGCAGUUGCUCUUAUGAGUUCCUUUGUGGUGUCGAUCAGCGAAGCCAUUCAGUAUACUCCAUUACAGCCGCCGUCAUAUCCGCUGGCCGUGAGGAGUCCAUAUUUGUCAGCUUGGUUCCCCGGUCCAUCUGUCGGAUCGCUGGCCUCGACCAACGCCCAAUUUUGGUCGGGAGAUGCAGCUCCCUUAGUAUGGACCGUGCUGGCGCGGGUUGACGGUACGACGUAUAAUCUGUUUGGCGUUCACACGCCGAAUGAUGGAACCCAGCCAGGAGAGGUCACGGCGGCCACUUACACGUCCACGCAUUCCACUUUCACGGUGACCGCUGGGCAGAGGAGUUUCACAUUGGACUUCUUCUCGCCCGUAUCACCCAAGAACCUGCUGCGCCAGUCCUUGCCUUUCUCGUAUCUCACGGUGACUCUUGCUGCGGGAGAUUCCCACUCUGUGCAGGUGUAUUCCGACAUUGAUUCGACAUGGACCGGCCAGCAAAGUGACUCGACAUGGAGUCACUCGACCAAUGGAUCGACACGCGUAUUCCAGAUCACCGCGGUCGGAACCGCAACUUAUUCCCAAAACGCGGAGACAGAACAGGCGCUGUGGGGAAGUGCUGUAUAUGCCACCCGCCCAGGCAGUGGUAGCUCGCUUUCCAACCAGGCAGGCCCUCUUUCGACGGUUCGACAGGGGUUCAUCGACAACGGGACUCUGACUGGGAGUCAAGCUAGUUGGACCUCAGACGGGGUGACAGGCUUUGCACAUGACCUGGGAACCACGGCAGACCAGUCUGCUGUCACCUUCGCGAUCGGCCACGUGCGCGAAGAGUCCAUCAAUUACCUGGGCGCCGCGCAAACGGGGUACUACCGAGCGACUUAUCCAGAAACCGUCGAUGCUGUUUCAUACUUCCUUGAUGACUAUGAUGAUGCCAACUCCGAAUCUACAAGGUUUGAUGAUCUGAUCCAAACAACAGGAUCAACAAGCUUUGGUUCAAACUAUAGCGACAUCCUAGCUCUUUCCACUCGCCAAGUAUAUGGUGGCAUAGAGAUUGUGAUCCCCAAUGACUCUCUGGACACCAGUCAAACCAAGGCCUUCAUCAAAGAAAUCUCAAGUGAUGGAAACAUCAACACCGUGGAUGUCAUUUAUGCGACGUUCCCCAUUUUCUACGCUCCUCCUCACUCCCAUUUUGAUUAUCAAGCCAGCAAAGGCUACUCGGAAUCUUACGCCGUGCAUGACUUGGGCGCCAACUACCCCAAUGCGACCGGACAUCUCGAAUCCGGCGAGUCAAUGCCAGUGGAAGAGAGUGGAAACCUCAUCAUCUUGACAUACGCAUACCAAGCUGCAAGCGAGGACACGGACCUAGCCACGACUUACUCUUCGCAGCUGGAAACUUAUGCCAAGUAUUUGUCAAACAAUGGGCUGUACCCGGCCUCGCAGCUAUCCCUGAAUGAUGCUCUGGGCGCCUUGGCCAACCAAACCAAUCUGGGUGUCAAAGCUGCAACUGCUCUGGCAGCAUAUGGUAAACUAGUUGAUGAUAAUUCUUACCUGCGUCAGGGCAGAGACUGGGCAGACCAAAUAUGGACAGAUCACCUUGGGACCGACGAUGCCGGAACGCGAUUCUUGAUUCAAUAUGGGACUAAUCCCUGGUUUCUUGUCUUCAACCAUUACGCAGACAAGUUAUUCGGCUUGGAUGCCUUCCCAGAGGAGGCUUAUAAUGCAACCUCCACUUUCUACCCGACGGUGCGCGAUGACGCCGGUGUUCCCUUGGAUGGCUCGCUCAGCUGGGGCCAGACCAACUGGCAGGCAGCGGUUGCUGCCACCGUGAGCGGAGAGGCCCGCGACAUUCUUAUCAACGACAUGUGGGCCUAUAUCUCCAAUGGUCUUAAUGAUGCUCCGUUUUCUGACCGUUACUGGGUCAAGGCCAACGAUGGAGCUUCACCAGGCGAAUCCUAUUCUUUCCGUGCUCGCCCAACCCUUGGAAGCCAUUUUUCAUUGGCUGCCUUAUCUGGAGCGAAUAUAUGGCCGUGA